AAAUCACAUGUGGAGUUGUUUGUUCAUUUGUCGAUAGGUGUUAGCCAAGUCCUGCAGGCACUAAGAAAUCAACUACCCCAAGUCUUUUAUUUCUGGGAUCCAGUUUUGAGCCAUCUUGGGCUGUUUGGCAGGGGGUGAUGAGAAGGCGCUUCCCCACUGGUCAGUGUGUGCUGCUUGGGGAGUCCUUGCAGGGUGCUGAAGGGCUCUGGCCCUUCUUGCUAUAAAGGGCAGCCAUUUCCCUGGACCAGGUGUCAUUCCCCUCCCUGUGCCCUCAGCAGUCCGAGGAGCUCCAGCUGCUUUGCCAACAGGAGUUGAGCUCCCCCAAACUACAUUUUGUUGCUGGGGUGCAGGUACAAAUUAUGAUCAGUAUUUUGGCUGGUGUAGCCCAGAUAACAGACCAGAAAAUGUAUAACCCCCAUCUCUUUACCUUCAUUUCUAUGGUUUUGUUCAUCAGGUUUAGUAUUUCAAUGGGAAUAGUGAGGAUAAGCACUUUGAAACCUAGAGGAUGCUAAACUUUUGUUGUCUGUUUACAGUGAUGAGGAAAAGAUAGAUGCGUAUUCAUCAGGAGCCUAUGGAGAUUAAACCCACCUUUUUUCUGUUUGCAUAAAUUACAUAUAUGCUUAGGAAUGUAGAAGUUACCCAGAAUAACCUCUGGAAUGACUUGAUUACCAUCUACUAGGUAUUGUUGCAUCCUGGCUUUCCCUUUAGGAGAGCAUUUGUGUUUACCCUACCUGCAUGCUUUUUAUACCUUGCACUGCUUUGUUCUUAGGAAUGUUUAGUGCAUACUUCAUGUUUCACCUUAGUAUUUUGGCAUUUUCAUUUGCAGCAAGAGCUUUUCCUACUGUGCUUCUUAUCCUUAGGUGGGAGGAAGUAGAUAGUGCUCUCUGAGGCAGCUAAGAAGCAAAACCUGAGUUGCCAGUGGAUUUGGAGCAGUGGUCAGCAAAGAAAGAGUAUUAGGAGAGUGCUGGGGAACCCUUGAGUAGAAAGGAAAUUAGAGUUACUGUCAGAGGUAACAGAAGAAGCAGCAGCACGCCCCCUAAUCAUAGAUGUGAGAAGGUCAUGAAGGAAUGGAGAUGGUUGAAGACCUGUGGGAAAAAAAGACAUAAUAUAUAGAACAUGAUCUCUUCCUUGGAGAGAGACCCAAGGGCAGCAGCAGGACCGACCAGCCCGUGCACCUGAGAAGGUGUUCCCUGUGGGGUGGCAGGAGCACAAGAACAUCUGUAGGCAGGAGAGAGAGAGAUUGUAUGAAGAUGUUUUGAGCAAUGAGAGUAAAAAGGGCAGAGAAAGACAGUUUCUUGAUACUUUUUUCACUCAGAGUGAAGAGGAGAAGGAAGAGCAGCAUCCAGCAGGACACAGCCUGUUUCUUGAGAACGAUGGUGAGAUCCUGGGCCAAGGAAGAGACCAUAGUGGUACAUUUGGCACCAGCAACAUCCAGAGCUGAACAGGGCUGACUCCUCUGCAGCGGUAACAUACGUUCCAGCUUUCACACCUAGGGAGAGGGGAUUUUGUAAGGUUAGGAAGUGGGUUUAUUGGUAACUGACAGUCCUGCGUGGGCUGCCUGUCCAAGCUUCCCUGAGAUGAAUCCAGGUACAGGCAGCAACAGCACAAGCUGCUCAGUUGAGCCAAAGUUCAAGUCCAUGUGCGGUUGCUGUGGCACAACCACUGGCAGCAGCAGUUAAUACUGGGACACGGGCAGUGGCCCAUCAAAAAAGACCACCACAUCAAUUCAAGCAUCCUGUACAAGUCUUCAUGUUUGGAUGCAUACUCUUCUCUCCAUGAUUAACACAAAAAAGUGGUUUCAUCUCCAGGAAGCACUCAGUACCAAUAAAAUGGCUUCUCUGUAAUAGUCCUAAAAAUGAGAUCAAAGGAGAUAAGAUCAGACUGGAAUGAGAUAACAUCAGCUAAAGAAAUGGUGUCAGAAUUAACAAUAAGGAAAACAAGCACCAAGGAAUUCAGCAGGUGUGGAAGUUACUGGGCCUGUCUGGCUGGUUGCUGCUCAGUCAGCUGUGGAGAAACACCCAGGAGAAAGCCCAUCUGCCCUGCAGCCAGCAGCCGGCUCAUGGAGUUCACCUCUGCCAUUGACCUUCAUCGGGAAGCCAACAGGUAGCCGUGUAGAUGCUUAAUAAUAGGUCUGGCUGAGCCCAGCACCUACAGAGCCCUCACUGGAAAAGGCAGGGACUUCUCCAAAGCAGUCUGCAUGUGGAAACAACCUCCUCCUGCACAGAAAAUGGGCCAGAAGUUCUCACAUGAGGACAGCCAGGAGAACAAGGCUGAAACUAGCUGUGAAGUCUUCAGCCAAGGCGUGGUCCAUGCAUCUCAAUGGCUGAAGGACUAUCUUGGUUUUGUGGAUCCUCAGAGCAAAUUCCAGCCAGCCACAAACACUGAGAUCUUUUUGGUCAACUUCAUCUGCUUCUGCGUGGAAAAGGGAGCGGAGGAAUGCAUCAUGACCAGCAAGAUGACCAAGCAGCAGUCCUCCCUGUUUGGGGUGGACUGGAUCUGGACUCUGUCUGGAGCUGACAAGCAGAUCAAACUUCAGCUCGCCGUGCAGGCUUUGCAGCUGGCUGAGCUGGUCCAUGGCGAAGGCAGCCCUGCUGAGGCGGUGCAGGACUGCUGCCGGGAAGCCGCGCUGGCAGACGAGCGCUUCCGAAACAAGAGCAGGUUUGAGAAGCUGGCAGAGUUCUGCUGCCUGGUAGGACGGGACUGCCUGGGCUUGUUCAUAGUUUUCGGUGUGCCAGGGGAGCCUAAGGACAUCCGAGGAGUCAUGCUAGACAGCAUUGCCAAGGAGCAAAAAUGCCGCCUGUCAGGCAGGAAUGCGCUAGGGCAAUUUGUCACCAAUACUGACAGCUUCCUGCCCGCAAAAGACAUGUUGGCAAACUGCCUCGGCACAAAAAAUAGACCAAAGGAGGUGGGCAACGUGUACGUGAAGUUUCUAUAAACAACUGGUUAACAGCAGUGGCUUUCUGCACGCUGGCACCAGAGGCUGCAUGGGGCUCAGCUCUGCCUCUCACUUCUCACAUGCUCUUCCCUCCACCUUCUUAUUUCCCACCUUCCCCUCCCCUCAUUGCACUCCCUUAGCUCCUGCAGAAGCCAGGCUGAAUCAGUCUUUCCAGGUUUUAAAACAACAGGACGUACCUGCCAGAAAAAUGGGUUUAUAGAAGGCACGUAAUUUUUCCAGAACAUUUUGUUUGCCAGCAUUAAGUGUUGGCUGGAGCUGAUGAACGCUUCAUCACUCUGAGCCUUUGGGAGGUCGUGGUAGAUUUGACUCACAGCCUUUGUUUACUGUGUGGCAGAUUUUUUUUCUGUAAUAGGAGGUUGAGUCUGUAAUAAAAUGUACUGGUGCUGGUCAGAUUGGCAUUAAGCAUGAAGGACAAUUCCAGGGCUUAAAAAUGCUGGUUUGGAGGAGUGAGCUGGUUUGGAACUAAGAGGAAAAGACCUUCCCUGCCACAGAAAUGGGCUGCAUGAUGAGAAACCUGUUAAUUACCUGCCCCUUAAAAGCAGCUCGGUGCCAGGCACCAGAGGGCCUCAGAGCUGUGACAGAGGCAGGGCUGGUCCCAGCUGCAAAGCCUGUUCUUGCUGAGCAGGUGUGUUGGGUCAAGGUGGGGCAAAAGGCAGUGGCAGGGGGUAAAGAAAAUUUGGAGAAAAAAAAUCAAGCAGCAGGGACAAAAACCUGGCCAGGAGACCAUGGUGGGAGGUUUUGCAUUUCACAGCAGCAGAUGCAGCUUCUGACCACUCAUGGCAGAGAGCAAAGUCCAGAGGAGGCAAAAUUAUUUGGACUUUGUUUACAGUAGCUUAGCAGCCGAUUUUCAUUUAUGGACUGGUUUAUUCCAUUUCCCUCAGCUUUUAGUGGACUGAGACUUUUGGGGUGCACAGUUGUAAUUUCUUUCAGCCACUGUUAACUAGCGAAGGAAAACCUUAUCAGUUUUGAGCCUGGUAAAUUCAGUUUGUUUAUAGCUGAAUAGUUGUGUUAGUGCAAAACUCCUCUGCCUGUACCUUUCUUAUAAUUUUAUUUAACAGAAUAAAAAUAA